AUGAGAAGGAAAACAAACACUACUGUAUACGGAAUUUCAAGAUAUCACACAGUGAUAAGCCAGAGCAAGUGCGGGAUAUUCGACAGUUCCACUAUACGUCAUGGCCUGACUUUGGCGUUCCCACAACCGGAGAGGGAGUGAUGGAGAUGCGAGAAGAGAUCAUUGGGUGGCAGGGCAAAGCCCCGCCCGUCGUGCACUGCUCGGCUGGUGUGGGUCGGACGGGUACGUAUGUGGCCAUCGAUACGGGUUUAGCGCAGCAGGCAGCCAACAAGCGAGAGGCUAAUAUAUAUCAACUCACGGAGACGAUGAAGAAACAACGCCAGGGGAUGGUGCAAACUCCCGAGCAAUACGAGUUCAUCUACACCACGCUACGCCAAGCCGAUGCCGUUCAACCGGAAUGAUCUCUGCGACUUUACGACGUGCAUAGUGUAUAUAUGUAUAUACAUGAAGCAUAUGUAUACUAGUAUUCAUUUGCAAUGGUAGACUUUUGCGUAUAAAGGAUGCAACUAGAGGGGAUGGUACAUUUACACGAGCAUUAAGAGUUCAUUUGCACCGCACCACACUGUCAGGCAGAUACCACUCAACCAGAAUGAUAUCUGUGGCUUUACGACGUACAUGGUGUACAUGUAUAUAUAUAAGUAUAUGUAAACUAAUAUUCAUCUGCAACGAUAAACCUGCGUAUAAAGGAGGGAACUGAAGGGGAUGGUACAUAUACCCGAGUAUUGAGUUCAUUUGCACUGUACCACACUGUCAGACAGAUACCACUCAACCGGAGUGAUAUCUGUGACUUUACAACGUGCAUAGUAUACACAUGC